AUGACUGUCACCGACAAGUCUCUGCGAUCCACCCGAAACCAGCUGUAUCCGCAACAAGCAUCGUAUUGCAUUCGACUCUUCAUUUUCAUCAUUGCAAUCUUCCAAUGGAUCCCUUUCUUUCACUCCAAGUUUGCCGGGAGGCGUCAAACGUCCAACGCCUCCGACCCAGAACAUGCUUCUGUGCACCGUCGUCACCACGCUUUUUCUUGGCGCCGCAUUCCAUUGGGACUCGUCAAUGCGUACCGUGUCAUUUCUUUCCGCUGGACACUCGAAUUUGGAAAGUCAUACACCCUCAACAUGGCUGAGGUUUUUGUGACGGUGGCGUACAUUGUUUUUCUUUUUGUAUGGACAUUUAUCAACACAACCGACCUCGAGAGCCAAAAAUUGGACAUCUCAUACUGGUGCAACCGCUCAGGCAUGCUGGCGUCGAGCCAGUUCCCGCUGAUCACUGCACUUGGAACUAAAAACAACAUAGUAUCCUUAAUAACCGGUAUCAGCUAUGACAAGCUCAACUACUCUCAUCUGAUGUCUAGAGUUGUCUUCGUCUUGCUCUGGGUUCAUGUAGGCGGUGAGAUUGUCCGACAUGCACCGUACGUGCAACAUCCGUGGCUCUUAUGGGGCUUGGUUGUCAUGGUCGCAUCUACCAUUCUAUGUAUCGUCUCCUUGCGCCCCGUCCGAGCCCAAGCAUACGGGCUUUUCUUCUACGUUCAUUUCGCUAUGUUCUAUUGCUUUGUGAUACUGACAAACUUUUUCAGCAUUUUCCUCAUCGGCGCUUACAUCCACACACAAGAUUCUAACGUCGCCUUCUGGAUCUACCCCUGUUUCGUAAUCUGGGGAUUGGACCGGCUCAUUCGGACCCUUCGUCUAGUGGUGUUCAACCACUCAUACUUCGGAUUCAGCUCAGGGUCUACGAUGGACACGAUCGCUGAACUCCUACUAUCAGAUGAUUUUGUUCGGUUGCGUUUCCACCGCCCGUCUCAUUUCCACUGGACACCUGGGCAAACUGCCUAUCUUAUCAUGCCGUCCGUCUCACGCUUGCCAUUCGAGGCCCACCCUUUCACCAUUGCGAGCUUCAAUUCGACACUUUUUGAUGUGCCUAAGGAACAGAAACCAACAAGUGAAAAAUAUGCUGAGAUGAGCCUUGCAGAAGGGAAUCUUGGUUCUAGUGCUCCGGAAGGAUUCACGGCCCACUUGAAAGAUGCUGCCUUGAAGGGUGACAAAGUAAAAGUCUUUGUCGAUGGGCCAUACGGGCCUUCUCCUAACCUGGGUUCAUAUGACACAUCUGUGCUCAUUGCUGGUGGAUCCGGAGUCUCGUAUACACUACCGGUAUUGUUGGAUACAAUAGAGCGUGUCUGCAACGGUGAAAGCAGGUGCCGUCGUGUUGUUUUCAUUUGGUCAAUUCGGAGUGUCGAUCAUAUUCACUGGAUCGACGAUGUGCUUAUCCGGGCACUACAGCUUGCACCUCCUUUAUAUAUUUCAAUCCACAUUCACGUUACCGACACACCAGAAACUACUGAGACUUUGCCACGAUCGUAUAGUCGAACUGACGACGUCAAACCUGUGCGCGACGACUCCCGCUCUGAGGUGGUCGAGUUGCAGGAUGGAAAAGCUAUGGAAAUAAGCAAUGACUCCCUUUUCGCGAUAGAGUCAGUCAAGUUCGCACAUCAAAGGGCCGACCUCCGGGCUAUCCUCAGAGACGAAGUGACAGCGGCGACAGGCAGGAUGUCCGUUAGCGUGUGUGGUUACGCUUGA